AUGUCUCACUUCAACGCAUCGAGGCAUAAGGAGAUUCAGGCCGACCUCUCCAAGCCCUGCCCCUGCGGAGCUGUUCGCACCUUCUCCAUGCUCAUGCAAAGUCACUUCGAGGCGGAGCAUCUGGUCGCAAUGGCCCGCGACAUGAGCGCCGUCAGCCUCCUCGACACGAGCGUGAUCCGGGUCGGCGAGCCCCACACAAUGACCAUCAAACAAUUCAUGACUGCGAAGCACGUGAACAACGCCGCGUCAGGAAGGCCAGAGCGACAACCCACCAUGAAAAUGCCACGGGCGGAGCCCGAGACGCUCGCCGCCGGCGGCGCCGGCAUCGCACAGAUGCCAAUCAACCCUUGGCUGAUCGGUGCCUGGCUCGGGGAUGGAUUCCAUUAUGCACCGACACUAUGCUCGGCGGAUGAUGAGACUCGCCUCUACCUUUUACGCAUCGUUGAGGAGCUCAAUGCCUCCAAGCCCCCUCAAGCUUGGCCCGUCGCCCUCAAGAGCGUCAAGAAGCCGCCUGACUCGCUCGGAGCAAGGACGUCUGGCUACACUCCAUCGUCUCAGUGCCGCGCACGCAGACAAAUUCUCGACGAUGCCCGCACCAUCGCUGAGGGACUGGGGAUCCACGUCGGGAAGGUGGGCACCCGGGCCAAUGCCCAUCCCACCAAACCCAGCAAGGUUGAUAACCUCGACUACUGCACAUUCUCUGGACCUGCCUUGCUCAAGAUAGAGGACGGCCAGCAUGGCAGCGAGGACAAUCAUAGCGGUAGCGAGGACGAGGCAAAUGAUCCUAGACUCGCCAUCGACAUCGACAGCCAGGACUGGCGGAACGACGGUGACUUCAAUCCCGAGUGUCUGCAGGAAAUUCAACGCCGUCUGCCUGCGAGCUGCCCCUGCGGCGGCACGAGGACCUUCACAAUCCUCAUGCCAAGCGACGAGGAGGCCCAGCACUUCCUCCGAGCGACGCUCAGCCACGACGCUACCUACCUGCUGGACGCAAAUAUCAUCAGGCCCAAGGAGAUCCACUCCUUGACCGUCGCUCAGUUCUUCUCCGCAAAGCACAUCGAAAACGCUGCAAAGGGCAGUCCAGAGCGUCACCCAGCGCUUGAGAUGCCCCGCUACCCUUUUGAGACGCUUCCUUCGGGCGGCGCAGAGGCAGACGAUAUGCCUUUCCCCCCUUACCGCCCCCACCCCCACCUCCUCGGCGCUUGGCUAGGAGACGGAUGCCAAAAGAGCAUCACCAUCUUCUCCAGCGACAACGAGAUGAGGGAGUGGAUCUACAGCCUCAUCAUCACACCAUCGACUGCUGGAGGCACAAUAAGCUGCCCGCGCGAGGAUGGAGAGUACUUCAACCCUCUCCUGAGGGCGAUGCAGGAGCUGGACAUGCUCGGCAACUGGAAGGCUCGCAGUAUCCCCUGGAUUUACCUCAUUGCCAGCGAGGGCGUGCGCGCGCAAGUCCUCGCCGGUCGGCUGGACACAGACGGCACUCCCAAGCCCAAUAACGGCAGACACUACUGCUUCACCCAGUGCGACAAGCAUCGCCAAAUUUUGGACGAUGUCGGCUCGCUGAGGGCUUGGGUAUAA